AUGAAGCCGUGGAGUCUUACAGCCUCUGAGGCUCUCGUCGAGAUCCGAUCCGGCAACCUCACUGUAGAGGCAUAUGUCACGUCAAUCCUUGAGCGUCUUCGACAGCGCAACGACGCCGUUCGGGCGUGGGCGUAUCUCGACGAGGACUUUAUCCUUGAGCAGGCCAAAGAGUUGGACAAGGUGCCUGUAGACAAGAGAGGCCCACUGCACGGUUUGCCAAUCGCGGUUAAAGAUGUCAUUUACACCAAAGACAUGCCAACACAGCACAACUCGCCCUUGUACCAGGGAAGUUUCCCCAAAGUCGACGCCGCCUCCGUCAGAAUUCUCCGCCACGCCGGGGCUCUCAUCCUUGGUAAGACAACCACCACCGAAUUCGCCGCCAUCCACAUCGGCCCCGCUACCCGCAACCCGCACGACCCGACCCGCACGCCGGGCGGCUCCUCGGCCGGCUCCGGCGCCGCCGUCAGCGACUUCCAAGUCCCGAUUGCCCUCGGCACGCAGACGGGCGGAUCCACCAUCCGCCCGGCCUCCUUCAACGGCAUCUACGGCUUCAAGCCUACCUGGAACUCCAUCUCGCGCGAGGGCCAGAAGGUCUAUGCCUUGAUCCUAGAUACCCUCGGUCUCUACGCGCGCUGUAUUGACGACCUCGUUCUGCUCGCGGAUGUCUUUGACCUUGAGGAUGAUGAAGAAGAGACCUACCCGUUUCAUGGAGUUGAAGGCGCCCGCUUCGCCAUCUGCAAGACUAGCGUCUGGGGCCACGCCGGCGAGGGCACUCGACAUGCCAUGGCCCGCGCCGCCAUCCUUCUCAAAGCCCACGGCGCCAUUGUUGAAGAGCUCGACCUCGGCACCGACUUUGCUAACAUGGAAGAAUGGUACCGCGUCGUCCUGCAUAGCGAAGGCCGCACGGCGUUCCUGUCCGAGUACCGCGCGGGUAAAGACCAGAUCCACGACGUCCUCGUCAGCCAUGUCGAGAACGUCGACCAGUUCAGCCACAAGACGCAACUUGCUGCAUUCGACGGCAUUGCCGCACUGCGGCCCCGAAUGGACGAGAUUGCAGGGCGAUAUGCAGCCAUCAUCACACCGAGCGUCCCGGACGAGGCGCCGGUGGGCCUCAGGAGCACGGGAAGCCAUGUCUUCUGCAGCAUGUGGACGGCGCUGCACAACCCGGUCAUCAAUGUCCCGGGGUUUCGGGGAGCCAAUGGCAUGCCCAUCGGAGUGUCUCUGGUUGCUCCACGGUAUCGGGACCGACAUCUCUUGAAAGUCAGUAAGGCGGUCGGCAAGAUCUUUGAGGCCGAGGGCGGGUGGAAGCGACAGGCGUAUGAAUAAUGGGCUGACGCGGGAGGUGAAGCCAAAAACAUGAUGCCAGAAGGGAGCGAUAGAGCAAUGACUUAAUGCGGCGUAAUUGAGAGAAUUUGAUAGACAGAAGUGUAGUGCCAGACCUGAGAAAAUAUGUCGUCUUCAAUGACGAUUUAUUGCUAAAGCAGAACACUACUUUGCAGGGUGGUCGCGUUUCCUUGUCGGC